AUGGAUGGAGAUUUGAAUGAAAUUCAAAGAAUCUCGGCCAAUUCUAACCUCGUGGCAACAGCUGAAGAGUUUGUUCCAAAAUCUUUGUCAAAUUUACGAGAACCCAGUAAUGUAUUGCAAAAUAUUGGGCAAAACUCUUUUGAAUCCAAUUCUUGCAAUGCAAACGUUUUUCAAUUUUUGAAUUCUUUUCGAAAUCAUCAUGAAACAGAAAAUACCAAACAAUAUCAUUCUGUAUUGAGUGAACCUCAAUCUUCACAUCAUUUAAUGGUUGGAGAACAUAGUGUCCCCAGUGGUAAUAUUCAUAAACCAAUGUCAAGGAAAAAAAAUUUAUUUUUUCCUGAUAGAAAAGAUACUAAUUACAUUAAGUAUAAUCAAUACAGACAAAAUAGUAAAUGGAAGAAUGGAAAUCAUGGGAAUCAACCUAACAGUAAUAAUGUCUUUGAUGCUGAUAAGGUAAAGUUUCAUUAUUCUCAAAAUUUUGUGGAAAAAAAUAAACCAAAUGAUAUACCAAAAUCUGUCAAUCAAUAUUUUGCGACUGAAGAAGAAACAAUUAAAAAUAAAAAUUGGUAUGCUCAACCUGGAUAUCAGGGAACUAGUUUUACAAAUAAUAAAAGGCCAUCUUGGAGAAAUCAAGAUAAUUUAGCCAAGUUUAAACUAAAAUCAAAAACUAAGGAUGACCAAGAAGAUAGGCCCAAUCAAUUUUAUUUAUCAAAAACUGAUAAUCAUAAUCAAACAAAGGCUAAAAUUAUAGAAAGUAACAAAAAAAGUUUAGAAUUAAAUCAGAAUAAAUAUAUAAAAUUUAAAAAAACUAAAGAAAAAAAAACUGGUCAUCAGUUUAAUCAAAAAACUAGUCAAAGAGAACAAUUAAUGAAUUCAUUAAGUAAAGGAGUAUUAGAAUGUUUGGUUUGUUGUGAAACCAUCGGUCAAAAUAUGUCAAUAUGGAGUUGCAACAACUGUUAUCAUGUAUUGCAUUUAAAAUGUGUUAUAAAAUGGGCAAAAUCCUCUAAAAAUGAUUUUGGUUGGAGAUGUCCAGCUUGUCAAAAUUUAAGCAAAGAUAUUCCUGAUGUAUAUUAUUGUUUCUGCGGCAAAACAAGAAACCCAGAGUGGAAUCAUCAAGAUUGUCCUCAUUCUUGUGGAGAAGUUUGUGGUAAAGCACUGAGAAAAUCAUGUCCACAUAAAUGCACUUUGCUUUGUCAUCCAGGACCCUGUCCCCAUUGCACUUCCACUGUAUCAAAAACUUGUGGAUGUGGCAAGACUAAGAAAAUAGUGCAAUGCAAUGGUUCUGAUACCGUAACAUGUGAGGAAAAGUGUGAAAAAGAAUUAAACUGUUUGAUUCAUACUUGUACCAAAAAAUGUCAUUUAGGAGAAUGCUUAGAGUGCACUGAAGUUAUUCAUCAAGAUUGCUACUGUCAGAAGUCACAUAGAGAUGUCAAGUGUUCAAUCGAGUUCCUUGGAAUUGAAAACUUUUCUUGUGGAAACACCUGUGAUAAGAAGCUAAAUUGUGGGAAUCACUCAUGCAAGGACAUAUGUCAUGAAGGAAAUUGUACAAAAUGUGAAUUAAUGCCUGAGGUUGUAAAAUUUUGUUCAUGUGGAAAAACUGAAUUGAAUUUAUUGCAAACUACAGUAAGAAGUUCAUGCACUGAUCCCAUACCUACAUGUGAUUUAAUAUGUGGAAAAAAUCUUAAUUGUGGCCCUGCAGAUGAAAAUCAUACAUGCAAAAAAAAGUGUCAUGAAGGUCUGUGUCCGGUUUGCUCAUUAGAAAGCAUUGUUAAAUGCCGAUGCGGCCACUUAAAAAAAAUGAUACCUUGCAGUAAACUAAACACUCUACCCAAUGGUGUUUUGUGUGACAAACGCUGCGCAAAAAAAAGAAGUUGUGGAAAGCACAAGUGCAACCAAAUUUGUUGUACGGAUACUGAACAUAAAUGCAAUUUGCCUUGUAACCGGUUUCUUCAGUGUGGUAUUCACCGUUGCGAGGAAACCUGUCAUAAAGGGCAUUGCAAGCCCUGCCUAAUAGCAAGCUUUGAUGAGUUUACUUGUGAAUGUGGUGCGGAAAUUAUUUUUCCACCUGUUCCUUGCGGUACGCGAAGACCUCAGUGCGAUAAACCAUGUUCUAGAGUUCACCCUUGUGGUCAUCCUCCGGUUCAUAGUUGCCAUAGUGCUGAUCAAUGUCCUCCUUGUACUGUGCUCACCAAAAAGUACUGUCACGGACGUCACGAGUUGCGAAAAGCUGUGCCGUGUCAUCAGGAUUCUUUUUCUUGUGGAUUGCCCUGCGGAAAAGAACUGCCUUGCAAAAAACAUAAGUGCAUUUUACCAUGUCAUUCAGGCCCUUGCCUUAAACAAGGUCAAUCUUGCACACAAGCUUGCACUUUACCGAGGUCUCUCUGCGGGCACAAUUGUGGCAUACCGUGCCAUGAAGGGCCAUGCUCAUCUGAUGUUAUGUGUAAAGAAGAGGUUAAAGUAACUUGUGAAUGUGGUCAUAGGGUAACAACUAAAAUUUGCCAUGAAAAUUUUAAGGAAUCUUUAAAAAUUUUGGCGGCAAAAUCAGGAAAAAAAAUAGAUACUCACGACCUCGAUACUAACGACUUUACCGAACUUAACUCAAAUAAAAAAUUGCUGUAUAAUAAUUUAGAGUGUAAUGACGAAUGUAAGUUGAUUGAAAGAAAUCGUAGGUUAGCAUUAGCUCUUCAAAUAAAAAAUCCUGAUUUAAGUGCUAAAUUAACGCCUCGUUAUUCAGAGUAUUUGAAAACUUGGGCCAAGCGAGAUCCCAGGUUUUGUCAAAUGAUUCAUGAAAAACUUACGGAUCUAGUGCAGCUAGCAAAGCAAUCAAAGCAAAAAUCACGAAGUUAUUCUUUUGAUUCUAUGAACCGAGAAAAAAGGCAUUUUAUUCAUGAAUAUUGUGAACACUUUGGAUGUGAAUCCAUGGCCUACGAUAAAGAGCCGAAAAGAAAUGUUGUGGCUACCGCACUGAAAGACAAAUCUUGGCUUCCCAGCGUAUCCAUUACAGAAUUCGUUCGAAAGGAAAAUAGUCCACGUAAAGUUCCAAUGCCUGUCAUCACAAAAUCUUCAAUUUCUGGAGAAGGAUCUUCUUUGAUUGUAUCAAGCGAACCUCAGGUUGAUUAUUUCGAUUGGAGACCUCAGAAGUAA